AUCGCAUCUUCUGCUUUCUUCCCUCUUCAUUGAAUGAUCAUCUCAUUCCAGCCUGGAUAUGGGCUCACGACAGGACUUGGAUGCGGUAGACGCGAUUACAAUCGACUCUGAUGAUGACGAUGACCUCGAUUUUACGCGUCCGAUAACCAAGUCGGUUUCUGCGCAUCCGACGACUCCUACCACGACGCCGCAUCGCGAUGCUGUUAAGUUUGAAAAGAUCUCGCCUCCGAUACGCUCCUCCACACCUCCACCAGAUGUCGCUGUCAAACAACCCUCUCCGGAUCAGAAAACCACGGGAGAAAGUAGCAGCGACGAUGGGUCUAUGAACGAAGGCGAAGCCGUGUAUCAGGAAUUUAAGAACCGAAAAUCGCGCAAGCGCAAGCGAAGCUCAGUAAAUGUGGGCAAGAAUAAUAAAGCGACCAAAGUGGCAACCCCAAACUCGAUUGUCGGUCGAAUCCCAAAGCAGGAAUCAAAGGCUUCCCGCCCAAGACGAUCUCGCGAGUAUAGGGAAGAUGUACAGUCCGAGGAUGAGUUGAUGGAAUUCACGCUCCCCGACUAUCUACAGAAACGUCGGCUUCUAUUUGACCGUCGAGUCGAACAACUCACGCAGGCUGGUCUGAAGCUACCUCCGGACUACGACCAGGUCGACUUCUCCGAUGAUGAGCGGCUGGAGUUUUUGCAGGAAAAGCCGGCGUUCAAGGAGAUUUCUCCUUGUAACGAGUACAAAGAUAUCUUACUUCCUUUCUCCUUGGGGUUGAUCCCCGCUCCUGUCGCCCAAUGGCUUCGCCAAUACCAGGUGGAUGGCGCUGCCUUUCUUCACGAGCUAUUCGUCUACCAGAGGGGUGGGAUUCUCGGAGAUGAUAUGGGGUUAGGAAAGACCGUCCAGGUGAUUGCCUUUCUUACUGCGGCAUAUGGGAAAACAGGAGACGAACGAGACGCAAAGAGGAUGAGGAAAAUGCGUAGGAAUGAGCGGGAAAAGUGGUAUCCUCGGACUCUCAUCAUUUGCCCUGGUACCCUCAUCCAGAACUGGAUGUCAGAGCUCUCCCGCUGGGGCUGGUGGCAUAUCGAUACGUAUCACGGGGAUAACAAGGACCUUGCUCUACAUGCCGCGAAAUCUGGACGGGUGGAAAUUCUGAUCACCACAUACAGCACCUACCUGCAUAAUAAGGAUUCCGUGAACAUGGUUGACUGGGAUUGUGUCAUUGCAGAUGAGUGUCAUGCAAUCAAAGAACGAACUUCCGAGACUACCAAAGCGAUGAACGAUAUCAACGCACUUUGCCGCAUCGGCUUGACUGGGACGGCCCUUCAGAACAAGUACGAGGAAUUAUGGACGCUGUUAAACUGGACAAACCCUGGGAAACUCGGCCCAGUAACGACCUGGAAGAGGACCAUCUCGGAACCGCUUAGGGUUGGUCAGUCUCACGAUGCUACUAUAUAUCAGCUACGAAGGGCUCGAAUAACAGCCAAGAAAUUGGUCGAAAAUCUUCUUCCGCAAUUCUUCCUUCGACGAAUGAAAACCUUGAUUGCCGACCAACUCCCGAAAAAGGUUGACCGGGUUGUUUUCUGUGCUCUGACCGAAACGCAGGCAGAAGCAUACGAGAACUUUCUCAACAGUGACAUCAUAAGGUACAUCAAAACAUCCUCCGAAAGAUGCGACUGUGGAUCAGGGAAGAAGGCUGGCUGGUGCUGUCAACGAAAAUUGCCUUCGGGGGCGCUUUGGCAGAGCUAUGUAUUUCCGGCUAUUGCUGUGCUACAGAAACUCAGCAAUCACCUCGCCAUUCUGAUCCCUCAGGGAGGAGACUCCUAUGAGAAGCAGGAGAAGGACAAAGAAAUGCUAGAGAUUGCAGUCCCCGGACAAUGGGAGAAUCUCUACCGGACCAGGGACUCGAUCGUCAACUACGCUAACCCCGAAUUCUGUGGCAAGUGGAAAGUGCUACGCCGACUUCUUAAGUGGUGGCACUCAAACGGGGACAAAGUGUUGGUUUUCUCCCACAGCGUCCGGCUCUUGAAAAUGCUGCAGAUGCUCUUCCAUUACACCAGCUAUAACGUUAGCUAUCUGGACGGGUCAAUGAGCUACGAGGACCGCACCAAAGUCGUCGACGAUUUCAACGCGGAUCCGCGGCAGUUUGUCUUUCUCAUCUCCACGCGGUCCGGUGGCGUUGGGUUGAACAUCACUUCAGCGAACAAAGUCGUCAUUGUCGACCCCAACUGGAACCCCUCGCAUGAUCUCCAGGCCCAGGACCGCGCCUACCGCAUCGGCCAGUCGCGCGACGUUGAAGUGUUCCGACUGAUCUCGGCCGGAACGAUUGAAGAGAUCGUGUAUGCAAGGCAGAUCUACAAGCAACAACAGGCCAACAUCGGCUACAACGCCAGUUCCGAACGCAGAUACUUCAAAGGCGUGCAGGAGAAGAAGGACCAAAAGGGCGAGAUUUUCGGCCUCGCCAAUAUCUUCGAAUACCAGAACAACAACAUCGUCCUCCGCGACAUCGUCAACAAGACCAACAUCGCAGAAAGCAAAGCCGGCGUACAAGUUAUAGGCAUUGACCUCGACGCAGACGCAGACGCAGACACCCCGCUACCACCACUGGCCCCCACGCCAGACGCAUCAUCCAAAGUCAAGACGCAGGCCCCCAAAGACAACGACGAAGUAAUGAGCCAACUCGCAGCCAUGAUCCGCGGCGACCAGGACGCCUCCGCCUCCGUCUCCAAAACCAGCGCCUCCCCGCCGGGAAAACACGACCCCAUCCAAGCCAUCCUCGCCGGCGCGGGCGUAGAAUACUCCCACCUAAACAACGAGGUUGUCGGGUCCUCCAAAGUCGAAGAACAUCUGAGUCGGCGCGCAGAGCUCGCCGGCGAUAACAUGGCAAACCAUCAGGUUUUCGGAGGGUGCCCCCAGAGUGACCGACGCGGCACCGUCGCGUCGGCCUUUCUGCAGAGGAAUGGGCGUGUCGUGAGGUUCAAGUACCAUCCUCCGGGGGAGGUUAUGAAACGCCAGUUUUGCAGUAUGGCGCGGUGGUUUGGGUUUCCGAAUGCGACUGAGUUUGCUCUUGUCGUGGAAAGCAUGACGCAGGCGCAGAGACGGGCGUAUCUUGAGAAAUGGUAUCAGGAAAGACGAAGGGUUUUGCUUGAGGGUUCCGAUGAGGGUUCUGAUGAGCAAUCUGAUGAGGGUUUGUCGGCAUGAGUGAGCUGUUUCGUUAUCAUCGGACGAUGAUGGGCAAUGUGCGAUCGAUCUGUACGAUUAUGGAAAGUGGUUUACGAUUUACGAUGGUUAAUAGCGGUCAUGUGUCAUUCAUUAUCUUAUUCCGGUCAGAAUACGGG